CGUGGCGCACACACCCUCCGCCGAGGACUUCAGCCUCUCCUUGCUGGACACCAACCUACCCGCCGAGGCGGAGACGGAGUUGCGCAGUUUCAUCGCUAAGCGCCUUACUAAAGGAGCGCUCUUUGAAGGAAUGGGGAACGUAGCAUCAGUGGGGCUGAGCAUACCAGAAGGUAAAGUUGGGUGUUACUACUGUCGUUUCCAACAAGAAAGUCUUCUGGAAAUGGCAACGUUGGAAUCAGACAUCAAUGCUCCAGAAUAUGUGGUUUGUUUCUUAGGUGGCUCAGAGAAAGGUCUGGAACUUUUCAGACUUGAGCUGGACAAAUACAUUCAAAAUCUGAAGAUAAAUCUUGAUUUGGAGCAAAAAAACUUGGAGGCCUGUGUUAGCCCAUACCUGAGGAGCUGGUUUGAGGAUGCCAUCUGCCCUAUCCAGAGGGUUGUGCAGCUCUUCCAGGACAAACUUGCCUCUCUGCUACAUGCUGCUCUGAGUUACACUCCUGUAGAAGUCAAAAAUGCAGAUGAAAGAACAGAGAAGGACAUCAGCAGGUUCCUGGCAGCUGCCAGCCUCCAAGGACUUGUCCAGGAAGGCACAAUGACCUCCCUGUGCAUUGCCAUGACAGAGGAACAGCACAAGUCCAUGGUUAUAGACUGUAGUGGACCUCAGCCCCAGCUGCAUAAUGCAGGAAGCAACAGAUUCUGUGAGGACUGGAUGCAAGCUUUUGUGAAUGGUGCUGAAGGUGGAAAUCCAUUUCUCUUCCGGCAGAUUUUAGAAAACUUUAAAUUGAAGGCUAUCCAGGACAUCAACAACCUGAAGAGGUUUAUCCGCCAGGCUGAAAUGAACCACUAUGCCCUGUUCAAGUGCUACCUGUUCCUAAAGAACUGUGGCAGUGGAGACAUCCUGCUGAAGAUUGUCAAAGUAGAACAUGCAGAAAUGCCAGAGGCCAGGAACGUAGUGACCGUCCUGGAGGAAUUCAUGAGAGAAACAUCAGUGGCUUAAAAUUAUCUUAUGUAUAAAUCAUUAAUUUCUUCUGUGCAGUGCAGCUAUUGCUGGAUUUUAAUUUAUAUUUAAAAGUAUUGCCCAAGUCAAAUCUUAGCUGCAGUUUCAUCUGCCUUUUCUUGGUUUUAGACAAAGCACUAUGAGCUUUUUUAAUGUGUACAUAUCAGAUAAUACAAACUCCUGCAGAGUUUUCAGAUUCUCCAACUGACUUGCUCCUGUUCUGAGGAAAUCAUGACAUUUGAUUUUUAUAGUCAUUGAAAAACCAAACCCAAAUCCCUUACCUGGCAAGCAUGUCACUGUUCUAAAUAAUUUAAAUAUCUUUAAAAUAAUUUAGAUCUGGCUGCUUUGUUUUUAUAAAGAAGUACAAACAUCUGGAUAGAUCGAGGUAAUGAAUUAAUCAUUUUAGUUUAGAAAUGAGAAUUUAGGUACCAAGUCUGUGUCUGAUUUCUUCUUUCAAACUGCCGGUUUGUUCUGCUGCCACUGGAUAAACAAGUUGGUAGUUGUGUGAAGCAGAGCUGCCUGAAGACUGAGCCAUGGCAGUGGUCAGUGUGUAUGUGCCUGUAUGUGUGCAUACACACACACAACAGGUACCUGAAAUUCCCAGGCUAUUUGAUGUAUCCUCUUCUUCCUUAGGCUGAGAUGUGAUCAAGACCUUCUUUGUAUGUUCUUAUAUUACAGUUUUGCAUAACUGUAAAUAAUGCUAUGUUUUUCAGUCAUGAAGAAACUAAAGAGUUUCUUCUUUAACAUUUAAUAUUAAGACUUUUUCAGAAUUUGAAAUAAAUUAACUUCCCAAAUUAAUUACUCAGACUUUAAAACAUUUCAGUGUAUCAGCAAUGGAUUCUUACCCACAUCAUGGGACACAUAGGCAGCAGAAUACCUGAAGGAAAUCUUUGGCUACAGCUGGAAUAAAAACUUAUGAAGUCUGUGAGUAUUCUCAUAAAGAGCAAUUUCUGCAAACCUGUUACAAGCGGAAUUCCCUGUUGGUUCCCUUUGCAGCAGAGGGUGUUUGAACUCCCCUGAAACAGUGCCUGUAACCAAUGUGGUUCAGUGUCACUUGUGCUGGUGCUCUGUACUGUGAGGGCAGGAGUUGCUGCUUUCCUGUGACACCACAUGUUGAACCUAUAAUAAGGCUGACAAUAAAACACGUUGAAAUCCUCAACAGUGCGCCUGUAAAUUGUCAGUGACUGUGGUCCUUGAUGUCUGCUGCUGAAAUCCAUUUAUCCCUCAAUGCAGAGGAGCUGCAAGUGUGGCAUUGACAGCCAUGGUGGCAUAUGAUGUAUUGGAGAGGAAAAGUAGUGUGAAAGAAAACAAACCCCUCAUUCAGUCAUUUGCAGGAGCUCUGAGAAGAAACAAGUGGUUUCCUUCGUGAGUAAGUACAGCAGCAGCACUCAAUAAAACAUGUCACCUUUUGUUGCUCCUGUACAUUCUAAAAAAUUUGGAGCACUGGUUGUUGAGUUUGCUGGCUGAUCAGGGCACAAGAAGGAGCUCAGUGCUUAAAAAAGUAAGUUGGAUGUGAAAAAUAGGUAGCAAGAAAAUGUAUGGUGCUAGUAGGCCGAAACACUUUUUGUAUUAAUUGACAAAAGCUGACAAAACCCACCUUACCUUCAUGCUGAAAGUCCUCAGCUAAUGAAUAGAGUGAUUUGAGUGUCUCAGGAAGUUUAGUUCAGUGCAGAGAACUGACAGCACGAGCUGAGUCCCACACAUGGUAGCAGGGAUCUGCCUCCCUUUGGAGUAGCACAUCUGACAGGAAUUGCUCCUACAUACAUCUUCAUUCCUACAAAUUACACUUUAACCCAGUGUUUCCCAACAAAAACACAAGUUACUUUUCAAAAUAAGCCUCUGCCUUCCACACCAGUAGAAGGAUUUUUACUUUAGUCAGUUGGGGGUUUACUUUUGCUGGGGGUUUACUUUUUUCUGGAGAUGAUGUUUCCAUUCUUGAUUUGAGUGUCGACUCAGAUUUGAAAACACUCAGUAGAGCCUGAUGUUAAAAGAGCACAACCCUCCUCCCCAGUAAAAGAAAUUUACUCAAAUGUAAAAAAAUGUAGAAAAAUUUACUCAAAUGUUGUCAACUUCCCUGCAGUUGUGAGAUCACGGCAGUGAAGGGACAGCUGCCAAAAGGUGGGACAACACCUGAGUUUCCAUACAUGUCCUAAGCCAGUUCUGCAUCCUCAUUAGAUCUUGUGGAGAAAUGAAGCUGCAGUUCACUCUCCCCUUUAUCUGUUAAACAGACAUAAAAAUGAAUUACCAAUGUCAUUAUUAGAAGAUUACAUGGCAGAGCUCCAAACCAAGGGCUCUUUUGUUGAAAACUAUGUUAACUGUAGACAAACUUACAAAAUUGUCCUUGAAAGUUCUUUCUUGGUUUUUUUUUUUAGUUUGUGAUAUAGAAAAACUCAAUUUUAUUUAAAAAAAUAAAUAAAAAAGAAAUUAAACAGAAAACAAAGAAAACCACAAAAAAUUUAAUGGAUUCUGCGCUCAAAUAAUAUUGUCACAACAAAAAUAUACAGAAUGUACACAAUACAAAAAUAUUUGGAAACAUACAAUAGCAUCUUACCUUGCAAAUAUCAUUUUGCUUUACUAGCCCUUUACAGGGAAAGUACCAUUUGUUCAGUAUUUUAAGGCAGAAAAUUAUGUAGUUUAGUGCUUUGUGUUUCACACUUGGAUGUGUUGUUAGCAUUACUAGUGUAAGCAGAAGAAAAGCUGCAUAAAUCUGGCUUUAUUUGCAAACUGAACAGACACUGUGGGAGUCAGGAGAGAGUCAGUGACAACGUGUCUAUCAAGCUUGCUGAAAACAAGGUACUUUAGCUACUUGAAUCAUAGGGAAUAUUUUGUGCUUUGUGCUGUAAAUACCCUGAAACAUAAAUUUUCUGUACUCCUACUGGCAUAUUAGAAAGCUUUUUCCAAUUAAAAGCCAAUGAUUAAUGGUGACAUUAAAAUACAUUUGCCUUUAAAUAA